AUGGAAGCCAGAGUUCUGACAGUUUUUUGCACAUUCCUCCUCUGCUCUUUUGGAGUCGUUUUCUCCACCCAGAGGCACAGAUAUCUCCCAGGCCUCAAGACCAGUUUAGCAUUCAGAAAUCUCUCAUUUAAUCAUCGCAGCAGAUACCCUCCGUACAUGAUGCAGCUGUACCGCUCCUUCAGGACUGCUGAUUCCUCAUCGCCGGUAGCUAUUGACACCAUUACAAUGCAAGGUGACAACCCGUCAGCACACAGUUCUGACGCCGUCCUAAGUCUGAUGGCCAGAGGUUGCCAUCAAGUGGGUGAAAGAUGGACAGUCACAUUCGACAUGUCAUCCAUCUCUACCAAUGAGCUUGUCCAGCUGGCAGAACUUCGGAUCAGACUACCUGCUUUCUCUGGCUCCAAGCGUGCCACCGUGGAUUUAUAUCACUCUGGAAAGAGUUGUGACCAUGGCAGCACAUCAUGCCAGGAUGAGCACCUUUUCCUGGGGAGCUUAGACACAUCAGCCAGCAGCACAAAGUCUGCCUGGAAGGUUUUUAACGUGACUGCCCUGUUAAAAUACUGGCUGUACCAAGGCGAUGGAGUGUCGAGCCAAGAGGCCUCAGGAGAACCUGAGGCGGACCAUGGGAGCGGUGCUGAGGAUGAAAGUGAUAUCACUGACAAGUCACUCUUCAAGAAUUUGGGAUUUAGGCAAAGAAAAAUACACCAUCCAACCACAAAUCGGGUCAUGAUGGUUAUCUUCUCUAAGCACAACCUGCCCCAGGAAGGCCAAACAGCACACAGUCUCAUUUACACUGUGGAGAACUCCAAGUAUGUGACGAUGGACAGAGCCAGCAGUGACAGUCAAAGUCGACGCCACAAAAGGAACAGAAUGGAGAGAAUGAGGGUGGCUGCAGGAGCUUCACCUACUCCUGCACCAGCAGCAGAGCUGGCCCAGAGGCCGCUGUGUCGGAAAGUAGACAUGUGGGUGGACUUUGACCACAUCGGCUGGGACGAGUGGAUUGUGCACCCUAAACGCUACAAUGCAUUUCGCUGUGAGGGAGAGUGUCCUACACCACUGGAUGAGUCCUUCAACCCAACCAACCAUGCAUACAUGCAGAGCCUCUUGCAACAUCACCAUCCAGAAAGAGUAUCUUGCCCAUCCUGUGUCCCGACGCGUCUCAGCCCACUCUCCAUGCUGUACUACGAGAAUGAUGAUUUGGCCCUGCGCCAUCACGAGGACAUGAUUGUUGAAGAGUGUGGAUGUCACUGAAGGCCAGCACAUCACUGGUUUCACUGCAGUCACAAAAGCAGCUAUUGACAGAGCAUAAUCUUGAACUUUAAUGCAACUGGUUCUUAACCGUCUUCAUGUA